GAUGAUCCAGACUCAGAAAUUGACCUGCAAAGAUCAUCCAAGUUCCCUAAAUUGGUCCUUGGAGCAGGGAUCGAAAUAUGUAACCUGAAUUCUGCAUUCAUCAGCGCAGAAGGAGAAAAUAUUGUUAAGUUUGGAGAUGCCGUGACAAUUGACAUGCAGCGCCCUCCUCACACUCCACGCUGCCUACUAUGUUUUUAA